AUGGCUCCCGCCAGGUCUUAUCUAGGCCAUAAAUUACGAUCUCUAAGUAGGAAAUUACUACGCCGCGCCGACCCUGCGCAAAAAGGCACGGCUCUAGGGGUAGCAGAUGAGAAUGACGACGAUGGUGAAAGUGUGCAAGACGUGCCCAGAAGAGACGAGGAAGUUAUGGAUGAGAAUGACGACGAUGGCGAAAACUUACAGGACGUGCCAGACUUUCUGAAAAAAUCACUUGAUCCCCAUUGGAUCGACAUCGAAAUGAUGGGGUACUGGCUCCAGAAGUGCGAGACAGAGCAUGGAGACAAAUGCUGCAAUCCUCUAGGCUUGGAUAUGUCAAGCCUCGGCCGCCCAGAGUUGCUCAUUGACAUACGAAAGAAAUGCCUAGUGGCAGCUGAGCCGGGUUAUCGUUACUCUUGUUUGAGUUAUGUAUGGGGAGGUGCGACUACGCUGAAAGCGGAGAAAGGAAACAUUGACAGUUUGAUGCAGGACAGGGCGUUGGAGCGUUACCGAGAGGAAAUCCCCAGGACCGUAAGAGACACUAUCGGCCUGGUUGACCAGCUUGGAAUCCCUUAUCUUUGGGUAGAUUCUCUCUGUAUUGUCCAAGAUGAUACGGAGGCGAAGGGCAGUCAAAUCCGGGCCAUGGCAGGAAUCUACGCCAAGGCAUAUGUUACUAUCAUCGCUGGUAAUGGAUGGGAUGCCAACCACGGGCUCCGAGGCAUCCAAGGAGUGACUGAACCGCGUCAACUUUCUCCGUUCUUGAAGAACAGCUUUCGGGACAAUCUCCAGCCCUACUCGGGCAUUUGGUAUUCGCGCGGAUGGACUUUUCAAGAAAUGAUAUUCUCACCUAGGAAGAUCAUGUUUCAAUAUCGACUCGCGAUCUGGGAGUGCAGCGAAAACUCGUGGCAUGAGGCAUCACUAUCUAAAGCUUCUACCCUUCCGGGCGUCGCUCAAAUUCACACAAGCAUUAACCGGUGGGCGUCCCAAGUUCAGUUCUCGGCAUUGCCAGAUGUAAAGCAAUAUGUCGAUAUGGCAUAUGAGUUUGCCACUAGAAAACUGACUUAUCCCCAAGAUGCGUGGAAUGCCAUCUCAAGUUUGUUGUCUGUCAUGAGCUCCUCGUUUGUGGGGGGUUUUAUUAGCGGCCUACCGGAAAUGUUCUUGAAUGAAGCCCUCCUGUGGCAGCCAAGAGAGCCAAUGCAGCGGCGGGUCCCUACAGACGCUGACAGCCUAUUACCUAGCUGGUCAUGGAUCGGCUGGGAAGGCGAGAUCACGAAGGAUGAAUGGGUUGAUCACUUCAGUCAUUUAUAUCUUUCCCGCUCUCUGCCUCCCUCUUCAUCGCGCGAGGUUGUACUCCAGGUAAGACCGCUGGUAAAAUGGUUCUAUGGAAAUACGCUGCAGGAAAGACUGCCUGCACAUGUUGUAGGCGAUAAUUAUAUUGGACAUCUCGCUGAUAAGUCAACGCUACCGGUUCCCGCAGAUUGGUCCUACGACGAGGACGCCCAAGGUUUCUAUCAUCAUGACAAAAACGGGAGAAGGACAAACGAAGACCCGUUCAAUUAUCCAUUACCCACCGCUUCUAGUCCGUCACCGCGUCUUACACCCGCGCGUUAUCUCUUCUGCCAUACCACAAGGGGGUUCUUCAAAAUCAACUAUCAGAACUUUGACUGGACUCCAAGACAAGCUUCCCUAAUCAUCGGGCUCGAAGACAGCACUGGCAACGGUGUCGGAGCUCUGAACCUCGAUCUCGACCUCACCGAUUUCACCUACCCUCCAUAUGGCACCGAGUACGAGCUAGUAGCCAUCGCCGCUGGUUCAUUAAUCCACGAUAGCUAUGAUAUGGGUGAAGUGAGUGCUCUUCUUGACUGGGGCAAUUUUGUAACACGCACAGGGACGCCCCCUAGCGACCCGAGGAUUGUUGAUUUCUACUACGUGUUCUGGAUAGGAUGGAAGGAUGGGAUCGCGUACCGCAGAGGCCUGGGCCGUGUGUUCAAACCAGCCUGGGAUCGCGAAGCUACGGAGAUUGAUCUUGUGUUGGGCUGA